AUGUUCAAAACUUCUAUUCCCAUUCUUCUUUUUAUUUUCCUUUGUAUUAUUUCAAUUGUCAAAAGCGACGAUAAAAAUUUCAAGUUCAAAAUUAUUUCCGUAGAAGAUAAACUUUUUUGUGUUCAUAUAACAUGUGCUCGUUUAAAUUCACCAACUCGUCAACAAAAAAUAAUUAAAGACACAUCACAAAAUACUAUUGUUUUUGAAGUUUUAAGCAAUUUAUAUUCAAAUCCUAUAAAAAUGCCUGGCGAUUGCAAUCCUCUAAUUAAGCUGAAAUUUUAUAUAACACCUCGUAUCGUUUUACCUGGCACUGAAUACUGUGAAGCAGAUGGAAAGAAUGGACCAGCGGAUAAAUUCGACAAAUGGACGCUUUAUGAGGAAAAAGUUGGAAAUGGAACUGUUAAUAUUACCAUUUAA